GGAACUGAACAUCCAGCGUUCAGAUUCCGCCGGGAAGACUUAGGCAGAGAGCCCAGCCUUUGGACUUCUGGUUCCGGUUCUUGCAUUCCGCGGGCUACGGUCGCCAUGGAGGAGCCAGAGAUGCAGCUGAAGGGGAAGAAAGUCACGGACAAGUUCACUGAGAGCGUCUAUGUCCUGGCCAAUGAGCCAUCGGUGGCCCUAUACCGCUUGCAGGAACAUGUGCGCCGCUCACUGCCUGAGCUGGCCCAGCACAAGGCUGACAUGCAGCGCUGGGAGGAGCAGAGCCAGGGAGCCAUCUACACCGUGGAGUAUGCCUGCAGUGCUGUGAAGAACCUGGUUGACAGUAGUGUGUACUUCCGCAGCGUGGAAGGCCUACUCAAACAGGCCAUCAGCAUCCGGGACCACAUGAAUGCCAGCUCCCAGGGCCACAGGUAGCCUCUGUGCACCCACCUGUGCCCUACUCUGUCAUCAACAUUGCCAGCCCAGUUGCUCAGUGUCUGGAGAUUUCUGCUUGUCACUUGUCACCAGACUCUGAGCCCAGUGGUAUACCUGAGCUGGGCACCAGGAACACAGCUGGGGCAAAGCAGCUGGCUUCUAGGGAGAUGGCAGCCGAGUCAAUCCACAGCAGGCAGGAGCAUGUAAACUUCAUUGCAAGGGAAGCAAUGGAUUCUCCACAAUGCCGUGGGGACCAAGGCAAUGCCAAGACCCAGGAGCCUGUACUCUGAACACGUUAGAGGAGCCUGUCUGUGUCGUAGCAAGUGAGCGAGGCAGGUGAAAGCAGGGCCUCUCCACCCGGGCCAUACUCCUCUCAAACUGAGGGAGAGUCAAAAAUGAAAAAAGAAAGAAAAAAAUGCUUACUGUUUUGGCACAGGAGGGGUAUGGAGAGCUAACUUGUAUUUCCUCUGUUUUUGUCAUAACUUAAUAAACAUGCCUCUGACAAAAAAAAAAAAAUCACAUUGGCUACCAUCAUGAAAACAAAUGAU